AUGUCCAACUCAACUUCACUAACUGUGUCCUAUUUCAUUCUUGGAGCUUACUUGCAUGUUGGAUAUUUGAGGUACUUGUACUUCAUGAUAACUGCAUUGUUGUACAUUGUGAUUGUUGUUGCCAACACCGCUCUGAUUGUGGUGAUCUGUGUGAACAGGAGCUUACAUGAACCUAUGUACCUGUUUCUGUGCAGCCUGUUUGUGAAUGAACUGUAUGGUAGUACAGGGUUGUUUCCAUUCCUUCUGCUUCAGAUCCUCUCUGACAUUCACACUGUUUCUGCUCCGCUCUGCUUCCUGCAGAUCUUCUGCUUGUACACUUAUGGAGGAAUAGAGUUUUGUAAUUUAGCCGUCAUGUCUUAUGACCGAUAUCUGGCUAUCUGUUAUCCUCUGCAAUAUAACACACGUAUGACUUCUCACAAGGCUGCUAUCUUCAUCAUUCUGGUUUGGUUGUACUCUUUUGUGAAAUUCUUGAUCACUUUAUCUUUAAACCUCCGUUUGACACUGUGUGGAAACACCAUUAAUGGUUUGAACUGUAACAACUACCUUGUUGUGAAGCUGGCAUGUUCUGAUACUCAGGUGAAUAACAUUUAUGGACUUUUUGGUACUAUUCUCUCAGUCUUAGUCCCUCUGCUUCCAAUCCUUUUCUCCUACAUCAGGAUCCUCAGAGUGUGUUUCUCUGGCUCCAAACAGGCGAGACAGAAAGCUGUCAGUACCUGCACACCUCACCUUGUUUCCCUGCUCAACUUUUCUUUUGGCUGCGGCUUUCUAAUACUUCAGAGUAGGUUUGAUAUGAGCGGUGUUCCCAGUGUGCUGCGUAUUAUUCUGUCACUGUAUUUUCUCCUCAUGCAGCCACUGAUGAAUCCUGUCAUGUACGGACUGCAGAUGUCCAGAAUACGUAACAUCUGUAAACAUGUCCUCUGUUAUUAACUGCUGUCUGGUCGGUCAAACAACUGAAGCCUCAGUGUAUGAUUCUUAAUACCCUGUCUUGAAAUUGAAAACAUGUCCUAAAUGGAAACAUGUGGCUGGUUUCAUAGUGUUGAUUAUAC